AUGUCAGCGAUGGUACAGCAACAAACACCUGUCGCCCUUCGUGCACCUACACAGCAACAUCAAGAACAGCAUCAUGCUAAGAAGACGGAUGACGCUGCGUUGGCAACGUAUCUUACUAGCAAGCUGCGGCUUGACCAGCAGCCUCAGCAAGACGCGUGGGUGUAUCCUCAACCUAUGGUUGCCAUGGUGCAUCCCCAUGCACAGCAACCACCUCAUCAACAGCCACAUUACGUUCCCGCUGCUACAACGACUCCCAGCAACGCUUACUACUACUACGGCAAUGCUACCCCUUACGCCUAUAAUGAUAAUAAGCAACCAUCACAUCCACCAUCAUCAUCUCGGUCUCGUCCAUCACGACCACGUACUCCGAGUGAUACGAGUAGUAUUCAUUCAGCCCCUAUUCAUAUCCAAAAAUCGACCUCUACACCUAACCGGCAAUUCAACAACAAUCGAGCCAAUCGAUCAUCUCAGCUUCUUAAACAACAACAACAGCAACAUUAUGCUGCUGGACGUCGUGAACGACAAAAGCAACAUCAUCCUGGUGUGCCUGCUGAUCGACCUCCUUCCUUAUCAUCGACAGCAUCCUCUGUACCUUCACCAGCACCCUCACUCGAUUCAGGCCGGCGUUCAUCCAUCACAUCGGUAUCUUCGGGAACCUUCUCGAUUCGGUCUGAAAUGUCGGUCAAUACCAAGUUAUCCUUAUCCAAGCGAUUACGCAAGGUGUUUAGCAUGAGUCAUUUGCGAUCCAAGGAUAAUAAUUCCUCAUCAAAUCUUGGCAUGAUACCCUCUCGUAAUGGAUCCAACACGUCACUUGCCACUGUGCAUGAAACAGGAAACACAUCAACACCUCGACCCGCACGUCGACGUUCUUUUGCAUCUCUCUUUCAAAAGAACCAAGAGCACAGCAACAACAACAACAAUGAACGACCUGUGUUGCGAGUGGAUACAACGGAUGCUGCCAUCCGAAGGAGUAUGCUUAAAGGUGAUUCACCAAAUUCAGCUGCAAGCAAUCGACCCAAGAGCCGUAUGAUGGAAGCAUUGCCAUCUCCCACACCAUCUGCAACAUCAUCUACUUCAUCCAAUGCCCAACAACAACAGCCCCAUGAUAUGGCACCCCCUCCCACCGUAGGAAUGCAUUAUGGCUUGCCAUUGCAUGGAUCACCUCGUUUACGCCCUGCUGCAUCGUCAUCUACAAGUUCCCUCAACACCAUGACCAAUGCAUCCUCAUCCACGGAACAACCAAGACGCCGAUUACAGUUUUGUCCCACCAUUCAAGUUCACGAGACCUUUGCUGCAUCCGAAUAUGACCGUCGUUGCGACUCUAAUGCUACUUGCCAAAAGAUGACCCCCAUGAUGGCCAUGAAAAUCAAGCAGGAAUUGAACGAGUACAAGCUUACUGAUAUGGAUGUCCAUGUUGACAGCCGUCAGUACACCCACUUUUUCCUGUAA